CAAAGCUGGGAGCUCAGGCAGGCAGGAAGGCAGGGAGAGGAGAGGAGAGGAGAGGAGAGGGAAGGCUGUGGGAAUCUGCUGAGCUGGCUGACGCUCUAACUAACAAGCCUCGUCUCUUUUUUUUUUUUAUUAUUAUUAUUAUUAUUAUUGAUAUUAUUGGGAUUUUACCUCCCACCGAGCCGGCACCGGUCUUCCCCGCUGCAGCUCACCCAGCCUGAGCCUGGACACGGUGGUCCGAGGUGGGAUGGUGGACCGUAGAUCUUGGGCGUAAAAGAGCAGGGACUCGACCUACAAUCUCUUGGUCUGACGGAGAGCCCAGAGAGAUGAUCGGCGGCCGGAGAGGACGUCCGACAGAACUGUGAAUCCAUAACUGCGGUGCUAAGUCUGAAAGCCGGCUGGCCUUUUAGGCUCCUGUUGCUGAAGACAGGGGGAGUCGGGCGUUGCUGGUUUUUCUCAGUGCUGGAGUGAGGCCCUCUCUCUGUGCUGCAGUGGAGGGCUUCACGGACGCAGCUAGUCUGGCUGGAUGCAUCACGCCGUGGAGCAGUUGAGCGGGCGAGGCACACGGGACUCCUUCCCCCUGGACGGACACAGCCGGGGGCCAUGGCCUCCCGUGAGCGGCCGCGCCUGGCAGCCGCCUGCCAGGUGUUCGCCUGCAAUGAACCAACAGCAGCUACUUCCCCAUCUACCUCCUGGAGCGCUGGCUGGAUUAAACCAUCACAGUAAAUACUUAAGCAAUGGGCCGAUACGAGGAGGCGAAAAGCUCGAUCUCCCGCCAGCAAUGUUCCCAGGAAUGCAUCGGGAGCAGCAGAGGCCUCCCCCUCAACAUCUUCAUCAUCCCCCUCCUCCUCCUCCUCCUCACAGAGUGUGGGAUCAGCAGUACGACUCCCACCACCCGCCUCACGGCCAUCCGGCGCUGUCCCUGCCCGGCGACCACACCAUGCGCCUCUUUAAUGGCUACGCCGGGAGCGGUGCACAUCUGCUCAACCCACAUCUUCCUCCUAACCGACCAAACCCACUGCUGAAGGAUCCCCGGGGUCCACCACUGCUGGGAGACGAGAUGCGGGCUCAGGUGCACCAGCAGAGAGGCUACCCAGGGAGGAUGCCGGGGGGUCAGCUGAAGAGACCGGGUGCUCCUCUGGGGGAGCACUCCGUCAUCCAGCACACCCCUCCAGCGCCACUGCACGUACCCCCACAUCCGGCAGCCGAGGACAAUCCCGGUCCCAGCAAGAGGAGAAAGAGUUUGGAUCAGGGACCCAACUCUGGGAUGCAGCAUUUUUCAGGCCAGUUGGCGUCGCCGUCUCAGCAGCAGACGGCAACUCACCACCACCACCACCACCCCGCAAAGCCUGCUUUCUGGAACCCCAUUCACAAGGACAACGGCGUCCUCUGGCAGCCCCAGACGUCCGACAGGAAACAUCCACAGGAGCAUCAGGAAAGUAAUAAACAAGGGAUAUGCAGCUACACCUCAAAGACCUCUCCCAACCUCUCGCCCUCUCCACCAAACUCUUCUCCGGGAGGCUACAACCAGGGAUGCGCUCCUCAGCUCCAGAAAGACGUGCUACAACCUCAGGCUACGAACCACCACUCCCCUCAUCCCUCCUACCCACACCCCGGCCCCAAACUGGAGCUCAGCCCCUCCUGCCAGGGCGCGGACGCCCGUGGUCUCCACGGCCAGAGGAGCCCGCUCUGCGGGGGCCACGCGCCGCCGACUCCCACCAGGGGAGACAAAGACCAUCGGGUAAGGGCUCAGUCGUCACCAGCAAACGCUCCUGCAACCAGCACCAAAAACGGCAGCAGCGGCAGCAGUGUGCCUUACAGCCACUUCCAGCCUCACCCGGGGCUGCGGCACCAGGACGCUCCUCCACCCCCUCCUCCAGCCAGCAGCACCUCAGUACCUCAGCAGCAGCAAAGUGGUCCCAGUGAGGUUUGGAGAUACCAGAGCAGGCCCAGCAGUCAUUCCCUGGAGUCGGGGGUCUACACGCCUCCAGGUCUGCUACCUCAGCCCCAGCAGAGCCACAAUCAGGUUGUAGACGGUCGACUUUCAGGUCCCCCCCAGCACCAGCGCCACGUCGCCGCCCCCGCGCCCCCCACCAGCUCCACCCGCACGCCCGUCAUCACAACCAACAUCCCCGCGUCCCUGUCGUCCUGCGUCAGCCGCUACGGCAGAGGCGCCGACAGGGCCGCCGUGGCCCACACCUCGCCGCUGUCUACGUCGCCCCCCACUGGUUGCUCUACGAACAACCGCACAGGUCAGAACGGCUGGAGGGGAGCGAUGGAUCCGAGGGACUCCAGCAGCCCCACGUCUCAGACGGGCUCUGUGCUGCAGCCGGGGUGUCCGAGGAGCCAGGCUCAGCAACACGACCUGCCUAGACAUCAGCACCAGGAGUCCACAAGAUCCCAGCCCACCAAGGGGAAGAUGCCGUACUAUGCCCUGGAGCAAGCUUCGCCUCCAUUUUCCUCACCGCCUUUGUUCUCCCUGGGCCACCACAGGGCAGAGGAAAGUGUCAUCACAAGGCGAGACUCCAACCCUCUUCCCAACUCCCCCACCACGUACUGCCCAGCUUCCCUCCCCUCCGCCAACGCUUCGCCUCGAGAGUCCAGACCGAAUCAGCAGCAGAGCUCCUCGUCGACACGGGUUUUCUCCAUGCCGCGCUCCUCCAGCGUCGUCCCUCAGUCGAUCGGGGACGUCCUGGACAAGCUGGACGCAGAGCUGGAGGGGCACAUGCAAGCCGAGGAGCGGCGGAGGAGAGACCGAGAAGAGCAGGAGAGGAAAAAAGAAGAGCUGAAACAAAAGAGGGAGCUGGAGAUGAGACAAAAGCUGGAGCAGGAGAGGCAGAGGAGGCAGGAGGAGGAACGGAAGAGGAGAGAGAUGGAAGAACUGGAGCUGGAGAGGAAGAGGCGGGAACGGGAGAGGCAGGAGGAGGAAAGGAAGAAUCUGGAGCGGGAAAACCGAGAGCGGGAGAGGAAAAGGAAGGAGUUGGAGAGGCAGGAGGAGGAGAGAAAGAGGAGAGAAGCUGAGCGGCUGGAGAGAAAGAAGAGAGAAAUCGAGAAGGCCAAGGAGGAGAAGAGAAAACUUGAGGAGGAGAAGAAGAAGGAGGAAAGUCUCUGCGGCGCUAAAGGAAAAGAGCAGACUGCCAUCGAAAACCUGGAAAGGCUCCUCUCGGGAACCGGCCCCGCAGUCCCCCCACCUCCCCCCCUCUCUGCUCCCACGCCUCCCUCAGCGGCUCCGCCUGCCGCCUCCCAGGCGUCUCCUCCGUACCCAUGGCUGAGUCGCGGGGGCGUACCGCCCGCUCCCGCCGCCCAGGCCCCCAGCAACCCCACCGAGAGGCUCCGCCCCCCUCCGCUCACCCCGCAGACCGAGUACGCCAGAGAGAAGCAGCGCCAACGGGAGAUGUGGAGCAACGGCGCCGCGUUUAACCCCCAAUCAACGCUCAAUACCUCAGGGCCCAACCAGCCCGCCCAUCCCAACAAGCCCCCGGCAAUGCAGGCGGCACCCAGCCAACCCAAAGACCAGCACCACCUCCCGCCAAUCAGGGAGCCCCCCAAACUCUACCAGGCGUUUUCCAGAGACAGCCUCCCCCUGCCGCCUUUAUCCUCCGGCUCCAGCGCCGCCAGGGCGCUCGGCGGGAAGCAGUUGGCCCAAAGCGGCUCGGACAGGGAGUCGGACAGCGCUCAGUUUGAGGAGGAGGCCUCGGAAAUGGCCACCAUGCUCCCCGACGGUCUGGCCAACAUCAUGGCCAUGCUGGACGAGUCCAUCCAGAAGGAGGAGGAAAUGUGCGGCGCCGAAAAGACGGGCUCCGCGGGUCUCAUGCGCCACUUCGUCCCGAGCGCCGACCCCAUCCGGAGCUACCUGUGCGCCCCGGACCUGAUCCCCGCCACGAAGCAUCAGCCCAACCGCGAGGAUUUGGGAUCGAAUCCGAGCCCGCCGGUGCUGAGCCGGCAGGGCUCUCUGGCCUCCCCGUGCAGCCGGACCUCCUCCCUGGAGGAGGAGGACGACUACCACAAGGCUGCGCGCGUCCCCCUCGCCACCAGGGCGACCGUGGACAUGGAGAGCGGCGUGGGCAACACGAACUACAGACACAGCGACCUGGCGAAGCUCUACGGCCUCCCGGAGCAGACCAAGAGCGAGGCUGACGAAGAAUCCGAAGAGGAUUCUGAGGCCAUGUCGUGCUCCCCGCCGCCCCAGACGCCCCACCUCCACCAGACGGGGGUGAACAGCAGGUCUGAAACGCCGUCGGAGAAGCAGAAGUACACCUAUCGGGGCGGGCCUUUCGGGAGACCGCCACCGUCGGCUUUGGUGGGCGUCAAGUACUCGUCGUCGUUGUCGCUGGGGCCCGACAUCUGCCGCCAGCAGCAAGGCGGCUCUCCCACGUCGGACUCCACGAGCCCGCCGUUCAGUCCUGCCGCCCCGCUCCGGAAAUCCUUCCCCCGUUCGCUGCUGGAGGACAAGAAGCUAAAAACGGAGGACAGCGACGUGUGGACGGACGAGGGGGAGACGGAGGAAAGAGACGAGAGGGAAGCCGUCAGGCUCGUCGACGCCAUAAAGAAGGAGCAGGAGCUGACGACCAUCUCCGAGUCGUCCCUGAAGGAGCUGGGCAAGAGCUGCGAGGUCAUGCUGUGCCGACAGUCGCUGGACAGAGCCGACGGACGCGGCAAGGCCGAGGACCGACGGCAGCCUGAGAAGGAGCACAGAGACAAGAAACGGAAGCACCGCCACGGCAGCAGGAAGCACGACGACAAGAAGGAGCGCAAGAAGCACCGAGAGAGGAGAGACGACGUCUCCUCCUCCUCCUCGUCCGGCUCCGGCCACAAGCGCCACCGGGACGGAAAGAGCCACAAGGAGAAAAAGGAGCGCCGAGUUCUGGGCGAUCUCAACCUCCAGAGGCGGGAGUCUGAGAAGGACAGGGCUCAUGGCGAGUCAGACAAAAGGAAGCGGAGGGACGGCGCCGGCUCCUCCGGCGAGCAAGCGGAGUGGACCUCGCGCUCCGGGGGGGAGACCUCCUCCGAGCGCAGGAGCGGCCGGGAUGCCGGCUCGUCGCUGGGCUCCAAAGACCUGCUGAAGCUGAAGGCGCUGUCGGACGGGCCGCCCAAGGAGCUGAAGAUUCGCCUCAUCAAGGUGGAGAGCGGCGACCGGGAGACCUUCAUCGCCUCGGAGGUGGAGGAGAAGAGGAUCCCUCUGGCCGAGAUCAGCAUCAAGAACACCGCGGGCGAAAUCAUCCGCUCCUGCAAGGCGGCUCGCGUCAAGGGGAAAUUCAAGGAGUCGUAUCUGCUGCAAGCUUUCUCUGUCAAACCCAUUAUCAGCUCAGAGGAACCCAUUCCCAGGGAGAAGCUCAACCCUCCGACCCCGAGCAUCUAUCUGGAGAGCAAGAGGGACGCCUUCUCGCCGGUCCUGCUGCAGUUCUGCACAGACCCGAAGAACCCGGUUACGGUGAUCAGGGGACUGGCUGGAUCCCUUCGACUCAACCUGGGACUCUUCUCCACCAAGUCUCUGGUGGAGGCGAGCGCCGAGCAGGCGGUCGAGGUGAGGACUCAGGUGCAGCAGCCCGCGGACGAGAACUGGAACGCCAGCGGCACGGGUCAGACGUGGCCCUGCGAGAGCAGCCGCUCCUACACCACCAUCGCCAAGUACGCUCAGUACCAGGCCUCCAGCUUCCAGGAGAGCCUGCAGGAGGAGAAGGGCAGCGACGAGGAGGACGAGGACGAGGAGAAGAAGCCCCCCGUGGGCGCUGAUGCCAGCAAGGAGGGCUCUAAAGAGAGCAACAAUGGAGAGCAGAAACCGGUUGGGAAGAUCAUCAAAUUCGGCACAAACAUCGACCUCUCUGAUCCCAAGAGGUGGAAGGCCCAGCUUCAGGAGCUGCAGAAGCUUCCGGCGUUCAUGCGGGUAGCGUCCAGCGGGAACAUGCUGAGCCACGUCGGACACACCAUCUUAGGCAUGAACACCGUCCAGCUCUACAUGAAGGUCCCCGGGAGCCGGACGCCUGGCCACCAGGAAAACAACAACUUUUGCUCGGUUAACAUCAACAUUGGCCCCGGGGACUGCGAGUGGUUCUCUGUGCACGAAGACUACUGGGAGGCGAUCAACGACUUCUGCGAAAAGCACGGAGUAGACUACUUGACGGGGUCCUGGUGGCCGGUGCUGGAGGACCUCUACAACGCCAACAUCCCCGUUUAUCGCUUCAUCCAGCGGCCCGGCGACCUGGUGUGGAUCAACGCCGGCACCGUCCACUGGGUGCAGGCCGUGGGGUGGUGCAACAACAUAGCCUGGAACGUGGGACCUUUGAACGGCUACCAGUACCAGCUGGCUCUGGAGAGGUUCGAGUGGAACGAAGUGAAGAAGGUCAAGUCCAUCGUUCCCAUGAUUCACGUUUCCUGGAACGUGGCCCGCACCGUCAAGAUCACCGAUCCCGACACCUACAAGAUGAUCAAACACUGCCUGCUGCAGUCCAUGAAACACAUUCAGAUCCUACGGGACCAACUGGUAGCUGAGGGGAAGAAGAUCUCGUAUCAGAGUCGGGUUAAAGACGAGCCGGCCUACUACUGCAAUGAGUGUGACGUGGAGGUGUUCGACCUGCUGUUUGUGACGUGCGAGAGCAGCAGCAGGAAGACGUACGUGGUGCACUGCGAGGACUGCGCCCGGCAGCGCAGCCCCAACCUGAACAACGUGGUGGUGCUGGAGCAGUACCGCAUGGAGGAGCUCAUGAGCACCUACGACUCCUUCGUCCUGGCCUCGUCUUCGCGGUGACGGAGCUCCCCCCGUCUGCGUCUCCUCAGCCCGUAACCAAAACUCCUGCAGCGCCGGGACAAAGAGAGAGUUUUUUUGUUUUUUUUCACUUUGGUUUUACAGCCCAGCAUUUCAUCGUUAUUAUUGUUCAUUUUUUUCUCUACUGCUUCUACAUGCCGAUCAGCCAGCUGAAUACGUUUACUUGUUACUGUUUACAGAAUCAAAAGAUUUAAAAAGCAAAAAAAAAAAAAAAAACGAGCCGCUCAUAAAAUCCCAGUUUACUCUCGGAUGGUGCUUUGAAGCAGAACCCGUCAGCGGGGGCAGCUGGUGCUGCCACAGAACAAACUGUGGAGGACAGUGGACGGCGUCAAUGGCGCUUCUUGUUUCUCUUUUGUCUUGAAUACUGAAAUUUGUACAUGGCGUUUUUGAAAACUUUGUGGGGUGCUGUCUUUUUAUUUUAUUAUUAUUAUAAUUUUUUUUAAAUGAAUUGUUUCGGUUUGUUUUUUCUAAACUAGAUCAGCCUAGAUAUAUACCACAUUGGCCUUGUAUUUAGAAAAGAAAGAAAAUGAAAUUACUAAUAAUAGAGAGUAUUUUAAAAAAAAACAAAAAAUUACAAUUGUUUGGAAUGCUUCAAAAGAUACGGGUUUUAGCAACAGUCUUUUUUUUUUUUUUUUUUUUAAACGAGUGGGGGGGGCGGGGUUCGGUUGUUUUUUUCAGAUGCUUGUAUUUGAUGUAAAUCUUGUUUCUAUGAAUUAUACUUUAUUUCUUCUGGAGAUUAAUACUCAGCUGUCACACGUCAUCAGGUCUUUUGUUCUGUUUCUUUUUUUUUUUUUAUCUCUGUAUGAACUUUGACCAGAAAAAAAAAAAAAAAAGAAAAGAGAAAAAAAAAAAUCAUCCUCUGGUGUGUGCUGUACCUCUGUUUCAGUAUGCAGUCUAUUUUCUUUUAGCAAUUGUACAUUUAAUUUAAAAUGUUUUCUCUAUUUAUUUGGAUAUUAAUGUUCUCCCUUUUUUUUGAAUGAAUUGUAUAUUUCUUUUGUUUCCCCCCUCCUUAUUUGACUCGGUAACUGCUUUGGAAGAAACCGAAACGUCGAGGUAUCUCUGUGGCGGUGGAGGGUGCUGUUUUUCUGGUGCUUGCCUCUCGACCUCUGCCUUUUCUCUCCUGAUAUAUAUUGAAUUAAAUCUUUAUCUUGAAUAUAACACCACCUUUCCUGUAGACGAUAGACACACUGCUCACGUAGAGAAGAUGACUAAUGGAAUGCUGUGUUUGUAUUCUCAUUAAGGAAAAAAAAAACUAAUUUUUCCAAAGUGUUUUGAGAAAUGGUAAUUUUUUUUUUUUUUUACUACGUAGGGGGCUUUUAGAUGAGAUUUUUAUGAUAUUUGUUGAAUAUGAUAAUGGGAUAGAUGGUGCUAAAUGUUCUCUUUUGAACAACCUUUUCUUUUCUUUUUUUUGUCCUCUAAAAAUGAGAAAUCUAUUUUUCCUGUUGCAAUAUUACCUUUUCCUUCUGUUUGUGGUCAUUUAUUUAUAACUGCACUGUUUUAGCGAAUCCACACAGACCUACUCGCAGACACACACACACACCAAACUGAGCCAGACAUGUCUUAAACACUUGUGAAUUUGUGUGACAUUACUAUUAAUAAACACUUGAUAAAUCCAGGCAAA